AACAAGUGGCUAAUAAAAGAUCAAAUACUAAAAGAAACAGGUAAAAAAGUCACUUAGAGAGAUCUUCAUAAUUUAGCUGCUAAGCAAAAAAGUACUAAUGACAUGGAUUCUCUUUUAGCAGUUUUUAGUGAAUGUAAUGGACCCGAUCUUGAAAUUAAAGCAGAUGAGAAGCGGAGUAUUAAAUGGCAUUUUUUAUCAAGAUGCUGAAAUGAAGAAGUUCUUUGAUCAAUAUCCUGAAUUAGUUUUAAUGGAUACAACUUACAAACUGACCAAUUUGAGAAUGCCACUUUAUAUAAUGCUUGUUGUUGGACCAUAUGGUGAGAGUGAGAUUGUAGCAAUAUUUCUAACAGCAACUGAAGACUCAGUAACACUUAGUGCUAUGCUAGAUAUUUUUAAAGAAAAAAAUCUAAACUGGAAUUUAAUUUCAACUGUUUUUACAGAUAAAGAUUUGACGAAAAGGGAGAAUAUUCGCCAAGCCUUUCCGCAAGUCGCUCUCUUGUUGUGCAUUUUUCAUGUACUCAGAUGUAUGAGUAGGGAAAUAACUACAAAAAAAAUGAAUAUUUCAGAAGAUCAAAGAUUGAGUGCACUAAAAAUGAUUCAGAAAAUGACUUAUGCAUCAUCCGAGGAAAAAUAUGAAAGCAUUCGCAAUGAAUUUCACAAAGUUAUGCCGGGAACAGUUGUUAAAUAUUUUGAUGCUAAUUGGCAUGGUUGCAGAUAUGAAUGGGUGCAUUGUUGGCAACAACAAAAUGUAACAUAUGGAGAAAAGACCACUAAUCGUUUAGAGUUAAUUAAUCAUCGAAUCAAAGCUGUUGUUACCCUACUAAGUCCUUUGCUAGUCUUUUUCUAAGACAUGCAUGCGUCACGAAAGAGAUCAACACUAUAUAAAUUCAACUGAGCGUGUUCCAGUUAGUAUAAGCCACCUUAAUGCAACUGAGCGUCUUUAUUAUGAGCUACUUACUCCAUUUGCAUUUUCUUAUGUCAAACAACAGCUAGAUGAUUCAAUCAGUUUAUAAGGGCAUUUGGAAAAUGGAAUUUUGCAAAUGGAUAUAUGUGGUAAUAUAGAAACACUUCAUGAAGACAGUUGCAUUUGUUCUUUUUUUAAAUCUAUGGGUUUGCCAUGCAAACACAUGUUAGCUGCCAUAAGAAUUAAAAAAACAUCUGUUUUUUUAGAACUCGGUGU